CAGAAUUUCGGCCAAAAUUAAUCUAGCUCAAUCUUCUCCCACUGCCAUAGACUGGCGGUUCCUCUCAUCGCCAUAUUUAGUAGUGAAUGUUAAACGCUACCAGAUGCUUCACAUUUAUACAUCCGGUGAAAUAUCGGGCUCAUUGUUCUAUUUGUGUGUGAACGCACUCUCCAACAUUACUUAUUGCGUCAGUAGUUGCGGCGUGCACUGCUUUGUUGUGGGGAACUCGAGCAUGCAGUUGCAGCCUCCAAACGGGUCCAGGCUAUAUAUAGGGAGGAAGCCAAUCAAUUAGCAAAUACUUUUUUAUACGCAUGAUAGAACCCAAUCUAGUAUUUAGCAAGACGCAGAGAGCUCCCAACUGCAUUCUUGUCUGUUAUUACUGAAAAAGCCUAAACAUCUCCCGUUGGAUGAGAACAUUGUUUACGCGGAAUUACAGUAUCUUAACAGGCCACAUCGCCAUUGCUUCCAAAGGCUUUUGACAAGCUUCUAUCUGUUACAACCAGCAAAGCAGUUUCUAGUUCUGAGGUGUGUGUUUCCCCCCGAUGCAUUUUAUCAUGGAUUAUGAAGAACAUAGUCGCUGUUCAGGUGUUGAGGAUGAGGAAGAAGGUUCGGCACCACAGGGUCCCCGUGCCCCAGCGGCCACCCUCCCCGAUCCGGCCGUCCCCCAACAAACAGACUCUGACCUAUGCCCAGGCCCAGCGCAUGGUGGACAUGGAGAUUGACGGCCGGGUGCAUCGGAUCAGCAUCUACGACAAGCUGGAUGUGAUCUCGGAUGAUGACCCUAUGGCGCAGGAGAUUAUGGAGUGCACCAGCAACAAGGAGAACAUGGAGAAGCCUCAGCAAACACUGAUGCGCUCCGUCCGGUUAAAAAACAGCCAGGAGAAGAGGAGUGCAGCUGCGGUCGCACAGAACCCUACAACACAUGGAGCUACAGCAGCACAGGCAGCACCAGCACAGACACUUCCAGAGGCCAAGGUCCGGACUGUGGAGUAUAACCUUCCAGCUGUCCCCAGAAGGCCCCCAGUGUAUUAUAAGUAUGUGGAGAAGACAUCAGAGGAGCUGGAUGAGGAGGUGGAGUAUGAUAUGGAUGAGGAGGACUACGCCUGGCUGGAAGUAGUUAACGAUAAGAGGAGGAGUGAGGGCGUCAGUCAGGUUAUUGAUGAAGAGAGGGAGCUUACUGCCAGCAGGCCUCUAGAAACCAGGAGGCGGUGUGCCUCUGAGUCCAGCAUCUCAACUAGUGGUAGUCUGCUGGGCAGCACCAGCAGCAACCUCCAUCUUCCAACAUGUUGUAAGGGCAAACCGGCCCUGGUCCGAAGAAACACUGUGGAUGAUAAGAACGAGCUCAUUGCCUGUAUAGAAACCGGGAAUUUUGCCAGAGCUGCUAGGAUUGCUGCUGAAGUUGGCAAUAACAAUAUUUGGAUGCCUGCUAGUGCUUCAACAGUUGUUCUGGAACCUCGAAAGCUAGUUUGGGCAAAAUGUAGCGGAUACCCUUCCUAUCCUGCCUUGAUCGUUGACCCCCACAUGCCCCGGGUUGGAUACCAGCACAACGGGGUGUCUAUCCCCAUACCUCCCCUCGACGUCCUCCGGGUCGGAGAACGGAUGCAGUUCAAGAACGAAAAACUCUUCCUCGUCCUAUUCUUCGACAACAAACGCAGCUGGCAAUGGCUUCCUAAGUCUAAGAUGGUCCCUCUGGGGAUCGACAAGACCAUCGACAAGAUCAAGAUGAUGGAGGGCAGAACAUCCAGCAUCCGUAAGGCUGUUCAGACUGCCUUCAAACGUGCCAUGAACCAUCGUAGCAUCGUUCAGGACAAACCUGUCAGCGACGUGGACUAACACACACACAGACACACACACACCCAACCCUUGAAUUACUGCUCAUGGUCUUGUCUCAGACCUGAGUCUGCCCUACACUCCUUCCUUCUCCACUUUGUCAGUCUUUCCAAAGGUCUGUGCUGGCUGUGUUUACCAGGUGCCUGGCUACCCCCCUGGCUUGGUAUGGUUCCAGCUUCCACGUCAGCCCUCGCCCGCUGGUCUGACGACUGCUGCUUUAAAGAAUGUGCCCCAGUUCCCCUCCUAUCUACUGUUCUCCAUGGUCGCGUUCAUGAUGCACCAAAUGGAAGAAAACAACUCGCUCAUCUCGCCUUAUCAGUGGUGGAAAAAGUACCCAACUAUCAUUGAGUAAAAGUAAAGACAAUAGAAAAUGACUCAAGUAAGUCAAUCAGUAAAAUUCUACCCAAGUAAAAGUAUUUGGUUUAAAAUAUACUUAAGUAUCAAAUUCCUUAUAUUAAGCGAACCAGAUGGUACCAUUUUUUAUUUUAUUUGUAUUUUUUUUUACGGAAAGCCAAGGGCACACUCCAACAUUCAGACAUAAUUUACAAAUGAAGCGUGUGUGCUUAGUGAGUCCCACAGAUCAGAGGCAGUAGGGAUGACCAGGGAUGUUCGGUUGAUAAGUGCGUGAAUUUCAUCGUGCUAAUAAGAAAUCAAA